UUGCCCUCGUGCAGUGACGUCACGCGUGUUGGUCAGAGGAGAGAAAAGAAAAGAAAAAGAAAUCCGCGCAAGAAACCUGACGCGUUGCCACCGCGCGACUCCUCCAGGACCAGAGCGGGAGUUUGUGCAGAUCUCAUGCAUCUGACCGAUGUCCUCUAAUGCACGCGGAGCCUGCGCGUUCGUUUGUCUAGUUUUCGUGUUUGUUUAUCUCAAGCGCUGAGAUCAAGAGAGCAGCACAGAAGUUUCCACUCCUCUACAGGAAUGUCCCAGAAGGAGAGACCCACUUUCUAUCGACAGGAGCUCAAUAAGACCAUAUGGGAGGUUCCGGAGCGCUACCAGAAUCUGUCCCCUGUGGGUUCUGGAGCUUAUGGAUCCGUGUGCUCCGCGUUAGACACAAAGACAGGCCUGAGGGUCGCAGUCAAGAAGCUGUCCCGGCCGUUCCAGUCCAUCAUCCACGCCAAGCGCACUUACAGAGAACUGCGGCUCCUCAAACACAUGAAACAUGAGAAUGUAAUUGGUCUGCUAGAUGUUUUCACACCCGCUACCUGUCUAGAAGGAUUCGAUGAUGUGUAUCUGGUGACGCACCUCAUGGGAGCAGACCUCAACAAUAUCGUCAAGUGCCAGAAGCUGACAGAUGAUCACGUCCAGUUCCUCAUUUAUCAGAUCCUACGAGGACUGAAGUACAUUCACUCAGCAGACAUCAUCCACAGAGAUCUUAAACCCGGUAACUUGGCUGUAAAUGAAGACUGUGAACUUAAGAUUUUGGACUUUGGGCUGGCCCGGCUGACUGACGAUGAGAUGACGGGAUACGUUGCCACCCGAUGGUACCGUGCCCCAGAGAUCAUGCUCAACUGGAUGCACUACAACAUGACAGUGGACAUCUGGUCGGUGGGCUGCAUAAUGGCUGAGCUCCUCACAGGACGGACCUUGUUUCCUGGCACUGAUCAUAUAAACCAGCUUCAGCAGAUAAUGCGCCUGACGGGAACCCCGCCAGACUCUCUAAUAAGCAGGAUGCCGAGCCACGAGGCACAGAACUACAUCAGUUCCCUUGCUUAUAUGCCCAAGAGGAACUUUGCAGAUGUGUUUAUUGGUGCAAACCCAUUAGCGGUGGACCUGCUGGAGAAGAUGCUGGUUCUGGACACUGAUAAACGGAUCACUGCGUCGCAGGCUCUCGCGCACCCGUACUUCGCCCAGUACCACGACCCGGACGACGAGCCCGAGGCAGAGCCCUACGACCAGAGCUUCGAGAGCCGUGAACUGGACAUCGAAGAGUGGAAACAGCUCACGUAUGAGGAGGUGAUCAGCUUUGAGCCCCCCGUGUUCGAGGGGGACGGGAUGGAGUCAUGAAGGCCACUCGACCUCCAGGACCUUCAUCCAUGCAGGAAAAUCACCUUCAAGUGCCUGCCAUCAUCAAGUGCUGGCUUUACAUCUGUUCUGAGCCUGCUUAUACACACACACACACACACACACACACUGAGAAUGUAAGGUUUUGUGUUCUGUGACCCAGUAAUUUUAAGAGAUGGUUCACCCCAAGAUAAAUAAUCUUCCAAACCUGUGCGAGUUUCACUCAUCUGAUGAACACAAAAGAAUAUUUUGAAGAAUGGUGUUUUUUUUUUUUUUUUUUAUGGCUAACAGCAUUCUUCAAAAUCUUGUUCGGCAGAAGAAACUCGUACAAGUUUGAAACGAUUUGAGGCUGAGAAAAUGACAACGUUUACAUUUUUGGGUGAAUUAACUACUUUUUUUUUUUUUUUUUUUUUUUUCUUGUGUUUUUGGCCAGAAUACUUUCUCAUUUAAAAGCAAUCAGCAUUAUCACAACAUCAUAACAGCAUUUAAAGCUCACAGUUUAAUACUUCUUUCAAAAACCAUUUACUUUUGAACUCCGGUUGUAGCCUAUACAAUAAACAGAGGCCAGAAAAACUCAAGUAUUGUCCGAAUACUACGUUUCAGAUAUGUAAAUAAAAUGGCACUGCUGUACAUAAAUGAUGAUAAUGUGCAGCAACAGUUUUAUUUAGUAUUUGCAUCAAAGCACGCAUCACAGAAUGUGACUGCAUUAUAAAUAGCAAACGGAUGAACUAAAAAGUGAAUCCGCUCCACUAAAGAGAAUGUAAUUAUUAUUCGUGCUCUGUCUAUACACUCCUCUGUUUGCAUUCUACACAGAGAUCUUCUGCCAUCUGUCAAUAAUAGAUGACGAAAGCAGUAAUGCUGUUUAUGUGAAUGGAUGCAGAAAUGCCUGUUCUGAACUUCUGGUUUAUAAAAUGCGGCAUGCAGGCGUUCAGUGCUAAAGUGAGAAUGUACAGUUGCUUACAGUGUUCUUACAUUAUAAAAUGUUAUGGGCCAGUCUCACAAAACCUUUCCGGAAUAUGUCCAGAUCAUAUUUAACCGGGACAAAAAUUGUUAAAUAUAUUUUAAAGAUAAAUGUCUUGCAUAAAGAAAACAAAGCAAAUUAUUUUGUUACUAUGCUUUUAUUCUUCAUAGAUUCGCAACUGGAAAAAAUCAUGUAACCCUGUAUUACAGUAAUGAGACUCGACUUUCAAAAAAAUGUCCUGAAAAUCGAUGUUUCUAGAGAUUUCCUUGUUUUUUUUUUUUGACUCGAUUCCUGGUGAAAUGUGAUUUGGACAUGUUUUAGGCUGCUUUUGUGUGGUUUUUGCCUGUUCUUCAAACGCUCGCCGUUCCCUUCACUCCAUGUUAAAGGGCAGCUGAUGCUCUAGCUAGACUAGAGCGUUGUUUCUCCCCUUAUUCAUUUAUUAUUCAUGUAAAUUGAGAGAAAUGGUUUAAAACGGGGAUCUGGUUUUAACAGGAAGUUCCUGAAACCAGAACAACUCUACGAGCGAGACACUGCUGCAUUAUGGUCCACAGUAAAGUGGUUCCCUUUUAUUUUUCCGCUUGCCCUGGGAAAGACGUACAGCCAGGAAGUUCAUGUUUUGCGAGACUGAACGAACCUGAGUCAGUAUUCUGCUUUUCUGAUCUUAAUUUAACAGCCCAGACUAGAAGACUGUCUCAUCAAGUGUUUUCAUAAGCAGAGCCGGAAUCUAACUUAUUGUAUCAGUUGUUUAAGAUUAUUUUUAAAGUGUUUUCUUUUUCACUGUAUAUUAUUAAUUUUAUUCAGCAAUAUUUUGUGUGUUGAGCAUGUAUUGUUAUAUAUAUAUAUGUGUGUGUGGGGGGAGGGUUGUUUGUACGAACAUUUACAGUUUUCUGACGAGUGCAGAAUCACGAAACGUGUCAAUCAGCAGCGAAAUCCAAUUAAAUGUGGUUUAUACUUCAUUUUGUUGCAUGGAAUCCAUUUUUUAUGGAAUAUAGAUGAUUCUAUCUCUCUUUUUGUGCAUAUAACCUUGUUUUUCUUCAGUUGCACACAAGUUAUGUGGUCUGUGAACAUUAACAGCCACUGCUAUACAGGAAUAAAAUGAAUUAUUUUUCACGA